UCUGGCCCGGACUGCGCCUGCGCGGGCGAGCAAGCGGGGCGGAGGCGGAGCCGCGUAUAAAUGGCGCCCAAGCAGGACCCGAAGCCCAAAUUCCAGGAGGGUGAACGGGUGCUGUGUUUCCAUGGACCUCUUCUCUAUGAAGCUAAGUGUGUAAAAGUUGCCAUCAAAGACAAACAGGUGAAAUACUUCAUACAUUACAGUGGCUGGAAUAAGAAAGAAGUACUAAAAAAGAAAAAGGCCGUAUUGAUCCCCAGGGACAAAACAAAGUCCACAGUUCACAGCUGGGAUGAAUGGGUUCCCGAGAGCAGAGUCCUCAAAUACGUCGACACCAACCUGCAGAAACAGAAAGAACUUCAAAAGGCCAAUCAGGAGCAGUAUGCAGAAGGAAAGAUGAGAGGUGCUGCUCCAGGCAAAAAAACGUCCGGCCUCCAGCAGAAAAAUGUUGAAGUAUUUUUCAGACGAGAUGGAGCGCAUACUGUUUGCGGUUUGGAGUCCCCUGCGAUAUCGACGCGGAAGACCAAAAAGAACAAACAGAAAGCUCUUGGAACCGGUGAAGGAAGCAGCACCAAUGAAAACCCUCAGCCUCCCAGGAAGAAAAGGGCUCGUGUCGACCCCACUGUUGAAAGCGAGGAAACAUUUAUGAACAGAGUAGAAGUCAAAGUGAAAAUACCAGAAGAGCUGAAGCCAUGGCUGGUAGAUGACUGGGACCUGAUCACCCGGCAAAAGCAGCUCUUCUUCCUUCCUGCCAAGAAGAACGUAGACUCCAUUUUAGAGGACUACGCAAACUACAAGAAGUCACGGGGCAACACUGAUAACAAAGAAUAUGCUGUGAAUGAAGUCGUGGCCGGCAUCAAGGAAUACUUCAAUGUCAUGCUGGGCACGCAGCUGCUUUACAAGUUUGAACGGCCUCAGUACGCGGAGAUCUUGGCUGACCACCCCGAUGCACCCAUGUCUCAGGUGUAUGGAGCACCCCACCUCCUGCGGCUGUUCGUCCGGAUUGGCGCAAUGCUGGCCUACACACCUCUCGAUGAGAAGAGCUUGGCCCUGCUGUUGAACUACUUACACGAUUUCCUAAAGUAUCUUGCCAAGAACUCUUCUGCGUUGUUUAGCGCAAGUGACUAUGAGGUUGCACCUCCCGAGUAUCACCGGAAAGCCGUGUAAGCCUCUCUCUGACUGCGGGUGGGAAAGGGGACUGCUGGGAGCGGGGGCCCGUUACCGGAAAAGGGGUCCUUGUUUCACUGCGGCCACACAGCUGCCCACUUCCACGUUCCUCCAUGGCCUCCCUUCCUGUAUGGUUGACACGAAGGUCAAUGGAUAUUACGUCUUCGGAUGGAACUGAUGCCACUCAAUUCCCAAAGGACUGAAUUCUCCUUCGGUCCUGAAACAGAGCGACUUGUCUUCUGGAACGUGUUGUUGCGCCAGUUGGUUUUUUUGGAAUGUUUCUGGGGAAUGUGACAAGACAUUUUGCAGUCCUGAAGUCCCGCAUGCUUCUUGGUCCAUUGUUCUUGCAAACCAAGCGUUUACUGGCUGAUGGUCACUUAUAGGGAGGUGCCAUCUUCUUUUUUUCCUGCCCCAAAACAAACUCUUAUGAUGAAGAGAAUGGGGGAGGACCAAACACAGUUGUGCAGCUACAUUGUUGUGGAAGAAGUGUGUGUGUGUAUGUGCGUGAAGGAGUCGGGGGGUGUGUGUGUUUGUGUUCAUUUAACUUGUUUGUGUUGGGAGGGUACAUGUCCUAAGUCUCCGUUCUUUUGCCUGCCUAGUUCGAGAAUUGUGGUGUAAUUUUGUCUGUUGGGUUUGUUUGAACGCACCUUCUUUAAUGUAGGAUGGAACGACCAUCACCCCCCUCUCUUUCAAGGGUCCUCAAAUAAACUUUUAUAUUUCAACUGGUCAA